CAAAAGUUGUGGGUUGAUGAUCAAUGCCUGCUAAUUCUACAAAGAAUCAGUGAAGAGAUCUGCCAUCGUUAUGGGGAGAACAUAAGUAAAGAGUCUCUGUCACCAACAUGAGUUGGAGCUUUCUCACUCGACUACUGGAGGAGAUCCACAACCACUCCACGUUUGUGGGGAAAGUUUGGCUGACUGUGUUAAUUAUUUUCCGGAUCGUUUUGACCGCUGUGGGAGGUGAGUCAAUCUACUCCGAUGAGCAAACAAAGUUCACCUGCAACACUAAGCAGCCCGGCUGUGACAACGUAUGCUACGAUUCCUUCGCCCCGCUGUCACACGUCCGGUUCUGGGUGUUCCAGAUCAUCAUGAUAUCCACCCCCUCUGUCAUGUAUCUGGGUUAUGCCAUCCAUAAGAUCGCCCGUGCCUCAGAGGAGGAACGGUGCAAGAACAAGAUUUAUCAAAAGAGGAACUGCCACAGUCAGUGGAGAAAUGGGCACCACCUAGAGGAGGUCUUGGAGGAAGACGAUGCUGAGCCAAUGAUCUAUGAAGAAGACAUGUUGGAUGAGCAGGAGGUCAAACCAGAGACAGACAAGGGCAAAUGCCAAGAUCCAGCGAAGCAUGAUGGCCGCCGUAGGAUCGUGCAAGAAGGCUUGAUGAGGAUGUAUGUGCUUCAGCUUUUAUCCCGUGCCAUCUUUGAGGUGGGGUUCCUCACUGGUCAGUAUCUCCUUUAUGGCUUCCGUGUUAACCCUUCGUAUGUCUGCAACAAGAUCCCAUGUCCGCAUAAGGUAGACUGCUUCGUUUCACGACCCACCGAGAAAACCAUCUUUUUACUCAUCAUGUACGUGGUGAGCUGUCUUUGUCUGCUGCUCAAUGUUUGUGAGAUGUUCCAUUUGGGAAUUGGUGCCUUCCGUGACACUCUUCGUAAACGUCGAAGCCAUGCUCAACAACCUCCAUACGGCUACCCUUACUCCAGGAACAUUUCUAGUUCUCCACCUGGAUACAACCUGGUGGUUAAAUCUGACAAACCGGGUCGCAUUCCCAACAGCAUCAUCCUACAGGACCAGAACAUGCCCAGAGUGAUUCCAGAACAGCAUUGCACAAGUCCUGAUGAGAACAUUCCCUCUGACCUGGCUACUCUGCACCACCAUUUACGAGUAGCUCAGGAACAACUUGACAUGGCGUUUCAGACAUGUAACACGAAAAAAAGUGCUCAUAUCUCCAGAGCUAGCAGCCCUGUGUCUGGUGGCACAAUGACAGAACAGAACCGGGUCAAUACAGCUCAGGAGAAACAGGGUGCACGACCGAAAGCUAGCACUGAGAGGGCAGGGACAACAGCAAAUAAUGGAAAGACAUCUGUGUGGAUUUAAUGUUAAACUCUUACCUGACUAGUCAUGAAACAUUAUCCUCAGAAAACACAUUCUUCCAGCCAAUGCAAACUUAAAUCAGUGAGGUGACAUGAUUGAACAUUAUGUACCCAAGUUCUGUUGAACAUUAAACAAUACUGAAAAAUGAAUAUAUUAUAGAAGGGUAAGCUCUUUACAUUGCUUUACUGUGUUCUCUCUUUCUCAAAAUAAUUAGAUAUAGUAUACAGUAUGUUACAUAUAUUAAGUAUGACGUUUCUCUAAAUUCAAAUGCAUGCAAGGGUAUUGACCAUAUUGGAAGUCUGUCAAACAAUUUAUUCUUUAAUGGAUCAUUGCUUUAAUUUGACUAAGAACAACCCCUAUGUAUCUACUCCAUUCAAACAGUCAUUAUACUGUAGCUGUAAGAGCUAUAUGUUAACUUCUUUAUCUUCUAUUAUUAUUUUUAUUAUUAGUAGUAGUAGUAUUCUGUGGCUCUGUUCAAAACCAAAGUGAGCUGCCACCUUAUCCCUAAGUGUUAAAGUACAUGCAUACUGGCGAUUCAAAGGCUGUUCCAGUCAGUAAGCAGCAAGAUUAGCCUGCAUUAUAAAAUUCCUCAUUUUGGCCAGAUUCUGAGGCUUCACAUGGAUACCUUAUGGAUAAAGUAAUCCCAGAAUGCAUUAUGAUGACAAUGUAAUCAAAGCACUUUCACACAACUUGUAUGUGCUAAAUGUAUUUUUGGCUUGCUGAAUUCAGUUCAGUCAAUUGUAAGUUGUUUGUGCUGAUCAGUAUUGUUACUACCUAUGUAAAGUAGCUUCUCUUUGUAAAGGGUGCUUAAAAGACAGUAGAAAAUGAGACAGCUCACAAGGUUUUGGAACAGAGUCUUUAAAUUAAAAGGAGAUUUCACCCAAAAAUUAAAUUCUGUAAUUAUUUAUUCACUUUCAUGCCAUCCCAGAUAUAUAGGACUGUCUUUCUUCUGUGGAGAAAUAAUCCAUCUAUGUGAGUCCAUAUAGUGCAAGUGGAUGGGUCCUUCUAAGUUGAUGCUUCAAAAACCACGCAAAACUAACACAAUGGUUAUCCCUGCAGCUCCAGUCGAUGAAUCAGUGUCUACUGAAGAUGAAUGAUAGAAAAUACUAAUAUUUUCAACUUUUCAAACCAUCGCUUCCAGAUGUUAGCCUGCUGUGAAUGUCAGCAUGUUGUGAUUAAUGAUAUAAGUGCGUAGUAAAACUGACA